AUGGAGAUGGUUAAACUCGUUCUGAUACUCGCGCUGCUUCUGACACAUGGUUUCUCCCGCGACGUGGAUGUUGACAACCGGGGAGAAGGCAGCGGGGAGAGCAAGUGGCCAAACUCCAAAGUGAUUCAAGGCGUAUUAGUGAGAAUGAUCAGAAAACCAGGACCGCGCCGACAUCUCGGACUCACCGGGAAGAAGGACUCCGCAAGAGCGCAGACAGCGCGUAAAAAGCGCAGAUUUCAAACCUUUGUGGGUCUGAUGGGGAAAAGGAGCUUUGAGGACCAAGGUAGGAUUUGUUCAACAGCGAGUCUCGCCACAGUGGGAACACGCCAGCACGUCCACGAUCACCCUUAUAUGUGA